AUGCCUACAGUUGCGCAUCAUUCAACACAAACGUCAUCGACGUAUGACGGUCUCUCGACGCCGUCGAAGCUACACGCCGAGAAGGUCGAUGUCAACACUGAAGAAGCUGCCCUUCCGGCCCCCGUCGUCCACUUCUCGCCGACAAGCAGGAGCUCCCGGCGGUGCAAACAGCGCGCACGGAUAAGCGAAUCGACGGCGCGGACGCUCAAGAACCAGUGGGACAGGCUCCUGCGCAAGUUCGGCGCCGGCACAGCACCAUCAGCUUCCUCGGUAGACUUAGAUGCGGAGAGCAACCAGGAGCGUGCGUCAGUCUACGGACAUUACAAUCCGGAGUGGAAGCGGCUAGAGGCGGCGGACGAAAUUGAUGAGGUUGUUGUGGACAGGGAAUGGGGUGAGGACGUCAAGUCGACGAGUGUGCAUUCUGGACAUGGUGGCGACAAGAGCGGCACUGGGCAGCCCGUGCAGGCAUCGGGCGGGGACGCAGACAGCUUGGCCGUAUUUCAUGACGACGCACACAACAAUAGUCUGGUAUACGCUUACCUGCGAUAUAGACUAUGGCCAUCAAUCAAAAGCUUUUUCGUGACGGAAUUCAUUGACGAAAAGUCAGAGGAACAGUACAGGAAGGAGAACUGGUUUAUGGGCAAGCACCUGGCCCUCUGGUCCGCUGGAUUCUUCGUUCUCAACUGGCUACUGUCAUGCGCCUUUAUCCCCAAGCCCAUAACUCUCGCUGACAAGAUUUUUCACUACGGCGUCGCUCCUCUUUUCACGUUACCCAUCUUCUUCCUAGUCCUUUGGGACUUCCCGCGGGAUAGGAACUGGAUAUAUCAGACAAUUCUCGUGAUAGCGACCUGGAUGUGGGGCGUAUUCCAAAUUUUGGUCAUCUAUGCCAACGGGCCACCGACUAUCGCAUUGUUCGGGUUGGGCUUGCAUAGGUUUCCUGCCUUUCUGGGUUCACUAACGUUCGCGGUGCUGUAUGUUUCCGCUAUGUGCAGCUCCUUUGGGAUGAUUAUUCCCGACCGCCCAACUUGGGUCCGGAGUAAGUCACACGUUAUCAAUUUUCUAUGCUAUCAAGCAUUCCUCCUGUAUUUGCAUUACAUGCGAGAGAACUCUGAGCGCAGGCUCUAUACUCUCCGUGACCAGCUCAAGGUCCAAUACCGGGCAACGCAGAAGGCGCAGGUCAACGAAAGCAAAGCAUCUGACUCAAAACGCCGGCUCACGUCUUACGUCUUCCAUGAAGUGCGCGUGCCGCUCAACACUGCGUUGCUGGCAGUUCAGAACAUGGCCGCAUCUGGUGCAGUGGCGAAGGGGCAGGAAAUUGAGUUCAGAGCGCUCGAGGGCAGUCUCAGCAUGAUGUCCAAAGUGCUCAACGACGUGCUCGACUUCAAUCGGAUGGACAGCGGGCGCUUCGAGAGCGUGUCGAGGCCGUACCCGUUCCACAAGGUCAUGCGCUCAUUGUUCGUCCCCCUCCGCAUGGCGACGGACGCACGCAGCCUGUCGUUCGUCACGGAGCUCGAUAAGAGCAUUGAUGACAUCUCGCGCAAAGCACUAUACGAGGCACAAGGCAUGAGCGAGCAGGAGGCCCUCAAGAUGAUUGCUGAGCACCCGGAUGAAGAUGGGAUCGUGGUUGGGGACGAAACGCGGUUACGGCAGAUUGUGACAAACCUGGCGAGCAACGCGUGCAAGUUCACAGCGGCUGGCGGGCAGCUCACUAUCACAACCCGGCUCGUCCUUCCGCACGCCACGGCUCCGUCACGGCACGACUCGGAGACGCUCACUGCCUCAGACGUCUCCAAGGAGCAAAAGGAAGCUGCAAACGGCAGUCCUGCCUCGAACUUCAGGGAGCUGGCAGCAACUGAGAAGCAGCUGCACCCGCAGCUGUCGCGCAAGCAUCUUGCGAGGCACAACUCGAUUCACUCGAAGCCUGCGGUGACCGAGAACGUCAUCGUGCGUAUCGAGGUCACGGAUACUGGAUGCGGAAUUAAGCCGAUUGACAUGGUAAAGUGUAGGCUGUUUUCGGCGUUUAACCAGACAGAUGUGGGGAGGCAGCAGGGCGGCAAGGGUACCGGUCUCGGGUUGGCUCUUGUGCGACAAAUCGUCAAGCUCAGCGGAGGGCGGCUCGGCGUGCAGUCGAAGGUUGGCAGGGGCUCGACUUUUUGGGUGGAACUUCCACUCGGAGUCGGGCCAAAGGCGUUGGCCUUCGCGACGACUCCACAGUUUGUGCCGCAGACAGAGGGAGCGAGGCACUCUGGCUUCAGAGACUAUGUGCAUGAUCAUCUGCGCACUGGUAGUGCGGAAUCGAGGUGGUCGGGAUCACCAUCACAACGCGGUUCUCUCCGUCAGGCAGCUUCGGCUAUGCACACCAUCAUGGAACAGGGCGGGCUAGUUGAGAUUUCGACAGACUCGAACACUCAAGGACAAGUGCUGACCCGAACACUCGGCGACCCAUCGACAGGAACAGAUCCAACACCUUCUGUACCGGUGACGACACCAGAGUCGUCUCCCACGCAAGAACACCCAAGACCGCCGCUGAUAUCCGAACAGCUCUCCGACGUUACAGUGCGACCGCGGUUCGUGGCGCUUCCCUCGAGGCAACGCUUCUCGGCAGAGCAGCUCCAGGGCUUCCUCGACCCGCCCGGCUCGAACUCCGGCUCGCCCGCGGGCACGCCCUCGUCUUCCGGCGGGUGGGAGUUGGGCAUACGCGUACUCGUCGUCGACGACGACCCGCUGACGCGCAAGCUCAUGACGCGGAUGCUCACGCGCCUGGGAUGCAAGGUCUCAACAGCUGAGAACGGCGAGAUUGCGCUCGAGCUCAUCCUUGGCGCACACUCGUCCAACCGUCCAACGCCCACGUCGGAAGAGACAGGCAGCGCGGGCCUCUCUGUCGAAGCACUUGCGUUGGCAGGCGCCGGCGCAAACAUCGACGAGUACAAAUACGCGGUCAUUUUCCUCGACAACCAGAUGCCUGUGCUGUCGGGUCUCAACGCUGUCGCGCGACUGCGUGAGAUAGGGCGCAAGGACUUUGUGGUUGGUGUCACUGGCAAUGCCCUGCUCAGUGAUCAGCAAGAGUACCUUGAGGCUGGCGUUGAUCGUGUCCUAACGAAACCGGUCUACGAAAAGAGCCUGAAGAACGUACUCGCCUUUGCUGACGAGCGACGCAGGCGCGGCUACACUCCAAUAUCUGAGCAGCCGGACCCCUCAGCUCCACCAUGA